UGGCAUUGUAUGAGCACAGAAGGCAGCAAUGGGAGUAUGCAGUUUCCUACUGAAGAGGUCUCUCAAGAGCUCAUGAUUUUUUUCCAUCUCUCCUCUUGACAUUGCUCCUGCUCCACAGACAUGGCUCACCAUGCCAGGCCUUCCAGAUCAGCCAAAAAAGAAGAGUUUGGCAAAAGGAAAACUAACCAGGGCAAAAAGAAAUCUAGCCAAGUGAGAAAGAAAAGCACAAAGGCUUCCACAAAAGCUGUUAGUUCUGGAAAAGGUAAAAAGCCAGUGCAAGAAAAAGAUGUUAAGAAAAAACAGCAAGAAAAGAAACCAAUCAUGAGCUCUUCAGGUAGACUUCUCAGGAGCAAUGUAACCUUGUCUGGAGCCUCUUGGGUGAGUUUGGAGAAGGCUGACAGUAUCCUCUUCCACAGCCAGGAUUCUUUCAGCAUCAACGGCUUCACCAUGGCUCUCCGGAACCGAUCCUUCUCCAGAAGCUUGGCCCAAACUCCAAUAACUGCAAAGCCCAGGAAAGCUGCAGCACAAAAAAGGCUGGAAACAAAGGAAAAACAUGAACAAGAUGCCCUGGCAGUAGUAGAAGAGAAAAAUGAUGAAAUAGCUUUGAAAGAAGGUGUAGCUCAAGAGGAGUUAGCUGCUCUGCCUGUGGAGGGCUGGCUGUGUGCUGCAGGUGAGGAGGAGCCUGUUGUCCCGUGUGCCAGCCAGCACCAGGAGGCAGAAAUAUCUGAAACAGGUGACUCCAUUCCAAACACUCACCUAAUUGAUGAUGGUACAGAAGCUUCAGAGCUGAAAGCUAAGCUUGAAGACCUGCCCUGUGAGCAGAUACUCAGUGACCUUGCUACAGGUAGUUUGGCUGAAGCAUUUGUUGAAAGUGCUGCCCUGGUGCUUCCAUCUUCUCCUUCUGACUCUCAAAUUGCCUCUGAAUCAAACUCAAAGGUGCUUGCAGAGGCUCCCUUCAGUGUGGUGCCCAACAGUACAGAACCUGACUCCGGCUCUGUUGAUACCUCAGGCCUCAGCUCUGCAGUGCUGAUAGAGUCAGUCACACUUGCCAAAUUCCACAUUGGAGCGGGGUUGGACAUGGUGCUACCUAGCCAAGAGCAAGGCUUGCAUUCUGCGUCUCUAGUUACCUCUGAGUUUAACUCUCAAGAACAUUUAUUACAAGAUGCAAGGUCACUGGCAGAUUCCUGCUUGAAGGCAGGCUGGGGUUUGGAAUCUGAGAAUAAAGACAUUGGUUCAAAUUCCAGUUCUGUAGCUGCCUCUGAAUCCAAUUUGCUUUUACAUUUUGAAGGUGCGAGCUCACUUGCAGAGUACCCCAUGAAACUGGUUGUGGAUUUUGUACCCAUUCACAGAGAACUUGAUUCAAAUUCAGAUUUGAGCUUUACAAAAGAGAAUUCAGAAUUUGACACAAAGAACAUAUUUAGAGUAUGUGAACCAGUCUCCAAUACCUCUUUAAACAACCUUGAAGUAGAGGACAUUGAACAGCUUGUUAAAUGUAUUGAUGCAGAGACAUUAAUUUUGAAUUCAGGGUAUGUCCCCACUUUAUCUUCAGAUUUAGGAAGAAGCACAGUUGAUAAAAUCUCUGCUGAAAGCUCUGGACAAUUCUCUGCAGGUUUUGUUUCAGAGUUGCCUUCAAGCAUGGAAAUCUCUGCUCUUGCCUCAGCAAAAGCCAUAAAUGCAGAUUUGCCAGCUGACUCAAGACUGCAGCAUAAUGAUUAUUCAUCACAGCUGGGAAGUGUCGGAGCAAGCUUGAAUUUGGUUCAGGACAACAACGUGAACACCAGCACUGAGGCAGCUGAGGCCUCAGGGCCAUACUCUGUUAAAAAUCCAGCUGGUGAUUACCCUCUUCCAUACUCAUCUCUGCUCCCCAUGCUGGAGAAGAAGAAGCGGAGGCGGUGUGGGGUGUGCGAGCCCUGUCUGCGCAAAACCAACUGCGAGGAGUGCAGCUGCUGCAGGAAGCGCAAAACCAGCCACCGGAUAUGCAAAAAGAGAAAAUGUGAGGAGCUGAAAAAGCCACCGCCGCCAGUCAUGCUGCCUUUUGAGGUCCUAACAGAAAACAAAAGGCCUCAGAGGAGGAAGCAAAGAGUUUUAAAGGCACAUUUAGAAAACAAAGCAGUCAAUGGCCGCAGACCAGAACUCAUGGAAUGCAGUAUAUGUGGUCAUGGUGAAAAAUACAGGGUGAAGACAAGCCAAGCAGUGCCCAUUGAGAAUGUGCAGUGUAAGGAGAAGGAGAGCAUGACUGGCCUGGAAGCAGAGAGGUGGGCACAUGCAGAGAAGCCAUCCUUUGGUGUCCAUGUCAAUGGUGACACCCACGGAGCUGUGACAGGCACCCAACACUUGAACCACGCUGAGCACAGCCCAGCCUCUCCCUGUCACCUCCCUGAGCCAAAAAAGCCCUCGGUGCACCCCUCCAGAAAUGGCAUCAGCACCCUGCAUUAUUCACCACCAGAAGCAGCUCCCUCACUGAACAAAGCCCCUGCAGAGGAAAGGACAGACCUGACAAGCAACUCCCACAUGCAAUGGCCAACGGGUGGCACUCUGAGUAACAUAGUAAGCACUCUGACAAGCGGCCCUGGCUGUGUUCACCCAGAAAACCAAGGGGAUGUUUCAAUGAAAGAGGAAAACUGCACCUGCAGCAUCUCUGAGUGCUCUGAUCAGUCAGUUUUGCAGACAGGUUCCAGCUUGGAUGUGCAAGAAAGCUUGAGUUGUCCUCUGCUGCCUGAAGGGGAGCUGCAGGCAGGGAAGGAUGGCCUUACAGUACCAAGUGUGGAGACACAGCCUGAGAAUACUGCACUCCAGCCCACUUUCUUGUCCCUGAUUAAAACCAGAAAUUUAACUCUGGAGCAGGUUGUAGCUAUUGAAGCUUUAACACAGUUAUCUGAAGCUCCUUUAGAAACAACUUCACCAGCUAAAAGUGAAAGUACUGAACAUGUAGGAGAAACAACUUCCCACUUGCUCCACAGUUUUGAAAGGGAUAUCUCAUCCUCCUUUACAUGCUCUGCAUUACAAGAAAUCAAAGACACUUACUUACAGAAUGAGCAGCAGCUCCUGGCUCACUGCGCUCACCCGCACACGCAGCUCCCUAAUAAGGCAGUGUUGUACAAUGGCCAAAGUUCAGUGUCUGAGCUGUGUGAUAAACCUGCCAGUCCAGCUGGGGAGAUGUAUAAAUUACAGUCACCCUCAAGAGAUACCAAACCUUUAUCUGACCUAACAUCUAAUGCAGCAUCGUUUUCGGGAUACGAUUCCAACAAAAGUUGUGUUCCUGAUCCAGUCCCCCUCUCAGGGUACUGCAAUGCUUCAUGUGAUGUCCAGCAUUCAGGGGACAACUUGGAAGCUCCUGGCCAGUUAGAGCAAAAGCCAUCGUGUGGUGAUGUGAAAUUGGAAGGUGGUUCUUUGGUUAAAGAAGGAGGGAUUCACAGCCAGGAUGAAGAGGACGUGGCUGCACAGCUAACUCAACUGGCAGCCCUGAUUGAAUCCAACCAGACGAAUCCAGAGCACAAGAACAACAUAAAGGCAUCCCUGCUUAAUCUAAUAUCACAUGAGAGGCAGCCAAAAUAUAACCAAGAAGUGGUGCAGAAAAAAGAAUCUGUAUUUUUUAGGCGUAAUUAUAGUUCCUUGCUGUUGAAGCAAAAGCAGGCGACCAAUAAGAAAGGAAAUGGUGUGCCAUGGAAACAGAGACACAGAAAGAAGCCUCAAGAAGCACGCUAUCAACAAAAUAAUCAAAACCAGCUAGAGCUGUUGUCAUGCCAGCAUAGGGAGUUGCAGGACAUUUGGAUAUCAUCAAAACUGCAUAAGCUUGGUCAAACCAUGCCACAGGACUCCAGGGUGGCUCCAUCUGAAAAAAAAUCUCCGAGAACCAAAGUACAGAGAGCGCUCAGUCAAAACACUUUAGCAUCACAAGAGAAAACUAGAUUAUUUCUUCCACAAGCACAGAUAAAAUUCCACAGGUGCUUACCUGAGGCACCACAGGAGAAAAAAAAAGACAGGUUGUUUGGCUGUGAAGCAGUGAAUGAGCAAAUGAAAACUGUGGGCUCCAGCGACCCACUAGGUGCUGAUCCAAUGAAAAAUGAAGUUGCUGCACGUAGCCAGCACAGCGACCUGUCCUCCUGUAAUCCUCUGGCUGGCUCUCAGCUGAAAACAGCAUCCUUGUUGAAAAGGCCAACUGAAAACCUACAGAUGUUUACAGAAAAAUGUAAUUCUCAGGUACAGCAAACAGCAAAUGUCAGUCAGGCGCCUCCUUUGCCAGCAAGCGUUAACCGGUGUGACGUGAGAGCUAACCAAGUGUGUAGUGAGAGCAAAGCCCAUGGGCAGCAGGGGACACAGCAGGCAGAGCCGAAGUGCCAGGUGCUGCCUGCUCCCUGUGCUGGGGCCCAGGUGCCAGGUGCUGCUGGAGCUCUCAGGAAUGUGGAGUGUGUGGGUGAGGUGACCGUUCUGACAUCAACCAGAGUGGGUGCUGACCACGCCCCGAGCACAGGCGACUCAGGGUGUUCCCCAGCAAAAAACACGCUCAGCAGUUUCCUUGAAUCACCCAUGAAGUUUCUUGAUACCCCUACAAAAAAUUUAAUAGACACACCUACCAAAAAAGGACAAUCUGAAUUGCCAACUUGUGACUGUGUUGAGCAAAUUAUAGAAAAAGAUGAAGGCCCCUAUUACACACACCUCGGGACAGGACCAAGUGUGGCUGCUGUGAGAGAAAUCAUGGAGAACAGGUAUGGAGCAAAAGGAAGUGCUGUAAGAAUUGAGGUGGUGGUUUAUACAGGAAAGGAAGGAAAAAGCUCUCAGGGGUGUCCAAUUGCCAAGUGGUCGUUCUUGUGCAUGUCAAGGACUUGACCCAGAAACUUGUGGAGCAUCAUUCUCAUUUGGCUGUUCAUGGAGUAUGUAUUUCAAUGGCUGUAAGUUUGCCAGGAGCAAAAACCCCAGGAAAUUUAGGCUUCUCACUGAUGACCCUAAACAAGAGGAACUUCUUGAAAACAAUUUGCAAACGUUGGCUACUGAUGUGGCUCCGGUUUAUAAGAAGCUUGCUCCAGAAGCUUUCCAGAACCAGGUGGAAAACGAGCACAUGGGCCCCGACUGCCGGCUGGGCUGCAAGGACGGCCGGCCCUUCUCGGGUGUCACCGCCUGCAUCGACUUCUGUGCCCACGCCCACAAGGACACGCACAACAUGCACAACGGCAGCACCGUGGUGUGCACCCUAACCAAGGAGGACAACAGGAGAGUGGGGGUGAUCCCGAGCGACGAGCAGCUGCACGUGCUGCCGCUGUACAAGAUAUCCCAGACCGACGAGUUUGGCACCGAGGAGGGCCUGGAGGCCAAGAUCAAAGCCGGAGCCAUCCAGGUGCUCACAGCGUUCCCCAGGGAAGUGAGGAUGUUGGCUGAGCCUCUCAGAGCCGCCAAGAAAAAGAAACCAGACACAAGGAGGACCCCGAGUGAAAAGCAGCCAUUAAUAGAUAAAAAAUAUUCAACACCGGUAAAACUGAAAACUGAAGCCCCAGAAAAUCUUGGCAACGCUUUGCAUUGUUUAGGGAACAAACCAGAUGCUUUAAAACCUGGGAUAAAAAUGGAGCCUUCCAACCACCUUUAUGCCAUGAAACAUACUUCAAACACUACUAAGAAUUGCUCUUUACUGAAGCAGUACACGGCCUCCUCCCCCUUUAAGGUGGAUGGUUUACAUCCUUACCCAUCUCUCACACACAAGUCUGGCCUGACUGCAGUGACUAACAUUCAACAAGAUUUUUCAGUUCCCUACGGGUAUUUUGAAUGCAGUACCAAGCAACCUCACGUGCCACCUUACGUUAGCUGCAAGAGCUUUGAUGUGUCAGUGAAGGAUUAUACUGGAAUUGUGCUGGACGAGGAGGUGAACGGCGUGCCACCCGUUCUGCCCCAGGUCACUGCUCCAGGCCCCCCGGGCCACACAGAGCCCCUGCCCACGGUACCUGAGCAGCAGCCAGACCAACAGAGCUGCCAGCUUCAGCUGGACACCUGUGCCCCCCCAGAGCCGACCAGCUCCUGUGACCCAGCGCUCCCACCGAGCUCCCUGGCACAGGACGCCCUCGCACCCGCCGCCAACUGCUCCCAUGGGUGCCCCCUGGAAAAGGGCAGCUCCCAUGGGGGACAGAGCUGUGACUUGGACUGUGCUGAUGUAAAGCAAAGCAGUGAACUGGGACAGGCAGCUGAUUCUGAAGAAAAGGCUGAGGAAUUGUGGUCAGACAGCGAGCACAAUUUUUUGGAUGAUGACAUUGGUGGGGUUGCUGUGGCACCUUCUCAUGGUUCUAUCUUAAUUGAAUGUGCGAGACGUGAGCUCCACGCUACCACACCAAUCAAAAAACCCAACCGCAAUCAUCCCACGAGAAUUUCUUUAGUUUUUUACCAACACAAAAAUUUAAAUGAGCCAAAACACGGUUUAGCCAUGUGGGAAGCCAAGAUGGCCGAGAGGGCGCGAGAGAAAGAAAAGGAGGCGGAACGCCUGGGAACGGAGAACGCCGAGCUGGGCUCCAGCAGCAGGAAAGCAAAGCAGCCGGGUGAAAACAGAGAUAUCUUUUAUGAAGACAACGAGUUCAACCAAAUUCCAUCGCGCAGAGCGCUGACAGUGACCAAGGACAACGUGAUCACAGUGUCUUCGUACGCCCUGACGCGAGUGGCAGGGCCCUACAACCACUGGGCGUAGCGUGCGGGGGCCGGCACACGCUGCUGCUUUCAGGGCUCACACACAACAAGCCUCGUGUCCUUUACUCUUUGCUCAUCUCAACCAUUCUAAGGCUGAGGUAAAAACAAAAAAAAAGGGGGGGGAUUUCUUCUUAAACUGUGACUUUAACAUUUGGUGGUGCUCAAGCACAUUUUAAGCAAAAAAAAAAAAAGUUGUAUAGUUUUAAUACAUUCUAAAGAAAGAUUUUGGUUAGGUUAUUAACCUUGAUUGAAUCAUUCAGUUUAUUACCUUUAGGAAUUUAUAUUUUGGUGCUUUGAAUCGUCUGUUUACUACAAAAAUCAUUUAUAGCUAUUUUAACAGGUUCACAUUUUAUGGUGUUAAAUCAAGUUAUACAGUUAUAGCUCUACACAGCUCUUGGUGCUUAACCACAUCAAACAGUUAAAAAUAAAUAAGCUGAAUUAUUACUUCAUGGUGCCAUUGCUUUAACAACUUCCAACCAUUGCUGUAUAGUCCAAAUUACAGACCAAUCUUUUAGAAAACCAACUAAUUUUGUUCUUUAGAUUCGUCAGUAGAAUGAAGUUAUUGGUAAUGAUGGCUGGAAGUUGUUUCUAAGCUGUAAAUAUAUAUUUUAAAAGCACUUUCUAUUUUUAAAAUUAACUUGAAAUAGUAUAGUAUAAGGAUCAUAUUGUCUAAGGUUUGUGCAUACUCUACAGAAGAAAUGAUUUUGUUCUUGCUGUGCAGAGUUCCAUGGUGUCACAGGUGCAGGAUGUAUGCUGACAGCAUAUGUGGUUGUUUUCAACUUGCCCUUUUUCACUGAAGAUUUUAUGUGGCAUAUAAACAAGCAGUUAUGAAUUAUAGAACCUUUUUGUUCUUUUCCAAGAGAGUGUACAAACGUGCAAGAGGAGAUGUCUGGUCAAUCUGUGUGUUGCUAUUGGGAGUUAUGAAUAUUACCUGGUUUUUUAAGGCAGCAUUUGUUAUGGUUUCUUUGAGCAAUAAGUGCAUCAGUGUCAUUUGUUUCCAGCCUUCUAAGUUAACAUGGCAGCCAAAUGUUCCUAAUGCCUCAGGGGUAGGAUUGCUUUGGGAUAAAAAGCUACCCCCUAGAGUUGCCUUAUUGUGUUCUGAUAGAAAAAAUUAAUUUGGGAAAAAUACAAAGGACGUGUUGGAAAACAAUCAAAUUUCUAAUAUUUAGCAGCAAAGUUUUUGUUAAUAACCUAUCUGUUAUAUUCACCAACUUUCUGAGUUCAGUUUUUUUACAAAAAUGUUUUGUAAAUUUUUGAAGCAAUUUAUACUUUUGACAUGGAAACGGUUAACACCCUUCCUUGAAAUUUAUGUUCUUCAUUUCUGUUGAGAAAGUGACAUAUCACAAAAGGAGAAUUUGCUAAACCAGAGGAAAAACAGACACUCCAUUGCUUUUAAAUACUGUAGCAUCCCACUCUUCUUUCUGAUUCUCCUCUCCUGUGUAUUUCUUGUUUAAACUUAUUUAUUGAAACAAAUGACCAAAUGACAGCAUAGCUAAGGACUGACCUCAUCCUGCAGCUUCUUCCACGUGGGCUGGCUGGGGGCAGGAGGAGCUGUGUGGUGCUGUGCCCUCUGUGCCUCAGCCUGUGGGACGUGCUCAUCACAUACUUGACACAGUUAUACUGUGGUGCUGCUGCCCAGAGGAGUGUCAGCUGCCUGGAUCUGCUUCAUUUCAACACAAGGUGCUUUUCCCUGGAGGAGCUGAAGUGCAGGAGCUCCAUUGCAGUUUGGUACGAGGCGCGUGGGUGUUUGACACCCAGAGCCAGUCAGGACCUUGGUGCUACAAAUCCUUUGGUGCAGGGCAGAUCCAGGAGACUCCUCUGGAGCCAGGGCUGCAGCAGCAAUCCCUGGGGCAUAAUCCUGGCUCCAGUUCUGCACAUUCCUGGCCAGGCUGACAAAGCUGGUAAUGGCAGAGGGUGGAGGAAUUGAACCAGUUCUUUGGAUCUUACCUAUUUGAAGUAAAACCUGUAAAAACCGGGUAUGCUGCAAAUUUUAGUUCGAAGCUUAAUAUUAGUUCAGAUAGAGGAUAUGAAGGGAUUGUAAAUAAUGAUGAAACAGAACCAAUAUUAUGGCAUUGUUUUGUACCAGCAGUUUUAUGCUUAUUGACUAUGUAAUAUACAGUAUACAUCAAAUCAUUUUGGUAUUUUGUGUGCCUUAGAUUUCCAUUUCCAAACUUGUAUAUUUUUGGUGAGCCGAAGUUGAGCAGGAAUUGCAGCUGCCCAUCCAGUCAGGGGUGCUGUACAUUCCAUAGCUGCUCAGCCAUGUUCUUGUCCCACCAUGCAGAGAUUCAUUUCUUGGUUUCACUGAGAGCCCUGACAGCUUCAGUUUCUGCAAUGCUGUAAUUCAGCACUCUGCUGUGACAGAUUUCCUACACAAAGUUGGUAAGCUACAGAGCCAUCUCUACCUUUUAAACUGUUCAUACCAUUAAAGUGAAUCAUUUUUACUUGAAUCUUCUCCUACAAAUGCCCACAUUUAACUUACUGGAAACUUCAGAUUAAAAUGUUCCAUUGAAAAACCAGCAGCUUCCCUCUAAGAAGUGAGGCACUGAAAGGUGGAUCUGAAAGGAUCCCUUCAAACAGGUAGCCCAAUGGCAAUUCUAACAAAGAAAUGUGUAUCUUAACAUAAUUAAUACUAUUAACUGAUAGGUGCUAAACUCACAGUUACUACUUCAUUAAUGUUACUUACAUGAGAGAAAUAUAUCACCCACACAACAGCAGAUCACCCACGGUGCUCUUUCCUUGGCUUUCACCUAAAUUGCUUUUUCAGCAUCUCCUGCCAGGCAGGUUGGGCACUUCCACUGCCUGCUGUGGUUUGAGAAGCUGAUCCUUCCUCUUGCUGUACUGCAGUAUAGGAAAUGCAAAUAUUUACUGCUUCUACAACUCUGUGCUAUUUCUUGUAACACUUCAGGAUAUUUAUCAGUCUUGUACACAAAUUGCAUUGUUUUCAGUAAGGUUAUCAUUUUAUAACAGUGUUUAUCUCUUGAAGUCUUCAACUCUGUGGGUCUGUUCUUUCCUUUGCAACCCACACAACCACACGUAAUUUGCUCUUAGGUUUUAACCCAAGUCCUUCGUGGAUAGCCAGACCAGGAGCUGGAUCAGGAAUGAAGGUAGCUGGCUUGGUCAGACCUGCAUGUUUUAUUGGGUUUCCAUCAGCUGGCACAAUGUUCUGGGUGCAAAUCCUGCCCAUGGAUUCAUUGUGGGCUGGCAGUGGGGUGUGCUUGUCUCUGGAUCCGUUCUUACAGUGUGCCAGGAAAAACUGUCAUGAUAGCACAGGGCACCUCUGACUCCCCAGAAUUGUCUCAUCCCUCUGUCCCCUGGCUCCAGCUGCACUGGGAGGGAGGAGCAGGGCUUGUUUGGCUCCCUGGGGGACUCACUGCCCUUGUGUCCACUUAAACAGUGAUUUACUGAUUGUUCACAUGCUGCUGUAUUGCAGGAAAUAGAAAGAAAUAUUUCUAUACAUACCUUAGUCACAAGAUCCAAGAAGCUUUUUAACUACUUACAAAUAUUUGCAGCUUCCAGCCUGUAACAGUUGUAUUCAGAUUUUUUAAGGACUUUCUAAGAAUGUUAACUGCUGGUGAAGGUCCUUGUGUUACCUAUGACAGGGCUCCUCUAGAUGUAGAACAGAAAUAACUGCAGUUAAUCUGGAGCAACAUUUUGUGUUUAGCAUGGGUAAGUGACAACUUGUCUAGUACUCAAGAUUCUACCAUACAACUGUAUGGGUUUUUUUAAAGAGCUUUUUAAUUUCAUUGCAGUAUUAACUGAAUAUGGUGGAUUAAAUCUGGGUCCUGUUGCAGCCCUGCUGACUCCAAAGGGCUCAUCCAUGAGGUUUUCAAUUGGAUGGAUGUGGACAACAGUGGACCAACAUUUGUGCCAACUCAGAGUCAGUCUUGCUCUUUCACUUCCCUUGUAGCUUGUCUAAUGUUGAAAUUAGCUCCAUUUAUCAAGCAGUCACCAGCUUUGUGAUCCAUUUAUACAUCUGGUUGUUUCUUUUCCAUAGAAAUCCUGUCAUUUCUAGGCUAUCAGGAGGGAAUGGCUGCGCUCUCAGAUACAGAAAACUCAAUUGCACGGCCACUUGCAUGCUUUGUGUGUUAACACCAGACACAUUCAGGCAGUGUGGGAGAAACUCCUUCUGGCUGAUUGUGGUCACUGAAAUUCAGCUUAGGGUCUUUGUGAUGUCUGUAGCACUUACAGAGGAGGAGCAGUGCAUCACUUUUGGGAAUUGCUGCUUUAGCAGGGGUUGAUGGGACUUGCAGGAGGAGGUGUGGAGGGAAUGUCUUUGUAUGGUACUGCCCUGCAAUGUCAGUGUCACAGCACUGCUCUGGCCACUGAGGUGUUUCACUGUGGGGAUCGGGUACAAAUUCACUCCUUUCUGCAGUUCCUCCACAGGCAGAAAUCUCUCCUUUGGUCUCUGCCUGAUAAUCUGGUGUAAAAAAGCACCAGAGGAGGGAGAGAGUUGGCCCCCAUUGUCAAUGUGCACACACAAACAAGGCAGCAAGUGCUGCUGUCAUGGGCAGCCUGCUGCCCUCUGCCCCAGCACAGGGAGCACAGGGAGCUGCUGGUGCUGCUGCUGGAGCUGCUGGAGCUGCUGGAGCUGCUGGAGCUGCUGGAGCUGCUGCUGGCACUCCAUGGUCUCCAAGGCCCUUUCCAGCCUUGGUGGCUCUCUGCACAGCACAGCUAAAUCGCAGGCAAAGCUGUGAAGGUACAGUUGGGUUUUGAGUCAGCCUUCUGUGUACAUGUGGUUGCCAUGGUACUUCUUGAUACUAACACUUCUGUUAGUCCAUCUGACUUUAAAUUCAGUGGCUUAUUUUGUCUGUGACACACUCAACAUUCUCCUUGAAUCUAAACAGUGACCAGUGGCAGCAGUCUAGAGGAUGUGGCUACUUACUCUCAGCAAUUCAGGAAGUGGUUUCAGUCUCCUCUGGGAUUACCUGAUGUUUAGCCAGCCUUUCCAAGUUGUCCACAUUCUGCUUUAGGAUGUUGCUACAAAAUUGUGAUUACAUCAAGGAAGGAGUUUUACAUUCGAGGUUUGCUGAAAGGCCAAGGAUUUCUAAUAGAACCUGAUCAGGCACCAGGCUACAUAUGGAUCACUUCCCCUAAGGAGAGGUUGAAUAUGUGCUGUGUUUGUUACUUCCCUGUUAAAGCCUUUCUGGUGCUUUUAGAGAACAGGCAGAACUUUUUAAUACUGUCACAUUCUUGACUGAAUUAUGAAGACUUAGUGUUACAUGAUGUUGAGUUGUGUCCCUGAAAAUCACUUAACAUGGCUGGUGUGGAUUAGUGGGUACCACUUUUACUCUGUGCAGCUCUCACUGGAUUCUCUGGCCAACUUUCUCCAUGCUCUUUCCAAACCAUCAGCUGUGCUCAGUCAUUGUCACCUGCUGCUGGAUGCUUUCAGUGCUUGUAACUCCUUCAAGGGUUUCUCCCUUCACAGCCCUGGCUCAGCACUAACGCUGCCAGCCUGCCCGUGAGCCCCUGCGCUCUGUCCUGCUUGGGAGUCAGCCACCUCCACCCCAGCAGUGUCACACUGAGCUGUUCUCCUUGGACUCUCCCCCUGAAAUCCAUUUCUUUUACAUCCAGUCCCCUGGAACAGGCUGCCCAGAGAGCCUGGGGAUGUUCCAUCCCUGGAAGUGUCCCUGGCCAGGUUGGACAGGGCUUGAAGUAACCUGGAGUGGUGGAAGGGGGUGGAAGGAGGUGAGCUUUAAGGUCCCUUCCAAUCCAAACCAGUCUGAUUCCUUGAUUUUAUAUUCUGGAUGUGACAGCUCCAGGGCUUUUACUUCACAUUUUCUCAUACAGAGCCUAGAAUAUUACAGGUGGGAUUUUUUUAAUGUCCACUUCAUAAUCUGUCACAGUCACUGUUUUCUUACUUUUUAAAAUCAAAUAAUCAGUUUUCCAGUUAAUUUUCAGAGUUUUUUGGUGCAGUUGUUACAAUCUGUUCUUGUAUCUGCAAGUAGCCAAACAAAAGAGACUUUGCAAAACCAUCAUCCCCUGAGAAGGACAAGUCAUUCCUUCUCAGAGUACAGGAUUUCUUCAUGUGGGUUGCAUCUCUGAGUCCUCUUGUCUUUUGAGUCACUUUUAACAGCUCUGCUCCAUUCCUGCCACCAGACAGCUGCUGCAGCCCUGCAUGAUUGCAAGAGCAGGAGUGUUUCUUUGCAUCUUCUUUAAACCUUAGCUCAGUCUUUGUGAGAUAUCCAGUGUAUGUUAAAUGCCUGAACUAACACAGGACUGCUUGGAAAACAUGUUCUUCCUCUGUGGCAAAAAAUGGAAUUGAAGGAGCUUGAGAAGAAAAGAAGGUGGUUACUGCCUUUUAUUAGAGGGUAUUGAGGUGGCAGCAUUGCUGUUUCUUUGUCUCUCUGAGAAUUAAGACUUUAGGAUUUUUUCCAAUCCUGUUCCCAGUUCACCGUCCCAGCAACUGCUCAUGGUGCUCAACCCUGUACUGCUAAGCUUCAGCUGUAAAAGGUACAAGUUGUUUCUUGGUGCUGUAUCCUUAAUUCCUCCAGACAGUGUAUUUCCCUUUCUUCUGCUGGGCCAUAAAAUGGCAUUUUCCACACACACUUCUGCUCCAAUGGCAGAAUCUUCCAGCAGCAUCCCUGCAGUGGGGUGCUCAGUGCCUGAAUGUGACAGGUCUGUGUGACCCCAGUGGUGCUUUUGCCCACACCCUGCUCCCCUUGCAGACACUGCUCAGAAGCUGCAGCUGUGGGCAGGGCAGGUGGGCACCAAACUCCAGAGCUACCCCCAGAGCAGCUGAGCUGUGCCCCUCUUGGUGCUGCUUUGGGUGUUCAGUUGUGCAGUUGUUGGCACAGAACGUUUUAAUGCUGUCGUGGAAAGUUUGGUGACCUGAUCAAUAUUUUACAUGUAUAUCUGUAUUUUUGUUAUAUUGUAAUGGGAAAAGGGUCUAGGGUUUGGGAGUUGUCUUAAAGCAAGAAGGGAGGCCCUGAUUCUUAUUUGUGCUGCUGUCCUUUGCAUUGCACUGGGAGGAUGAAGGGGCCCUAAGUGGAGCUGGCUUACAUCCUUUGGGGUAUCCACCACACUGAUCAGAGCAUAAAAGGGCAGUAGUAUAAAUAAAAGCAAACAGUUAGCAAAUGACUGGUUUGUACAAUCAUCUGAAAUGAAUUUCAUGGUAUUCUUACUGUGCACAUACUGGCCAGUAACAUCCACAUGUUCUUAGUUUAGAAAUAGAGGUUGAACAGACCUGCUUGGGUUUUACCAGGUUUGAAAUAUUUCCUUAUAUUGGCUGUCCUUUGCCCAACACUGUCUACAAAGACAAUGUGCUAAGAGAUUUGUACUUCUAGGUAAUGGCCAGCCCAGAAAUCUCACAAAAUUAUCCAAAAUGCUAUUUUUAUGGUAGUUCUUCUUAAAAUACUUGCUAGCCUUUAUCAUAACUUGGAUCCCUUUUACUUGAUGAUAUAAGCUGGGGUUGUGACAAUCUACUGAAGUCCCCUGUGUCCUGACUGCACCCCAGCUGUGUGCAGUGUCACUCUGUGAGUUUGGGGCACAGAGCUGAAGCCAGCACCUCCUGCCUUCCCUGACUGUGGUGCUACUUGGCAGGGAGAGCCUGGCACGGCUCUGCUGCCCCAGUCCUGCAGAGCUCCCUUGCUGCCCCUGCAGGUUCUGUGGGAGCAGCAGCCCCCCUGCAUGGCAGGGAUGCAGAGCCAACUUCUCCUUCAGAAAAAGUGUGAGGAAAAGGAAAUAUUCAGGAAAUGUACUUUCCUUCUGAAAUUUGUACACUGCAGAGCCUAAUGAGAACAGAUUUUGUACCAGCCUUGUGGAUGCCUGUCUAACCCCUGCCACUCAAAAGGCAGCAGCUGAACUUCAUGAUGCUCUUGUCCUCUAAAUGAAAAAAUAAUUGGAGUCCAGAAGAACAAAUGGGAUAUCCCAGUACUGCUAAAAGAAAGGCAGUUCUAACCAAUGCAAACAUUCAUACAUUUCAGUUUGUAAAGUGAAUUACUCUAUGGUUAUUUGCUCAGUUUGGAAGAGACAGCUCUCCAUAAUGUGACAAUUUCACGCCAGGUCACAAGUACUGAUCAGAAUUUGCUGUCAUUAGGAAAGAACAUGAAUUUGUAAGGACAUGCUGCACUGACAUGCAGUGGCUAAUGAAUUCCUUCCUGCUUUGGGAAUAUAACAGAUUAUGCCAAAGCAAAAGAAAAAAAAGUAAUUGUUUUUUUCCUUCUCUCUUUCUUCUUUUCAAUCUUUCUUUCUUUCCUUGGGAUGCAUUUGAUAUUUAUUUUUCAACUUUGAGUUUGAGGUUUUCUUCCCAGUUACCAACGUACUGUAUUGAAAUCUGGAACAUAAAACUAACAUUUUUAAGCAAAAAGUGAUGUACAGGGAGAAAAAAAUCAGAAAGAAAAAGCACUUCAUUAUGUCACAGUAUUUCCAGGAGAAAGUGUAAAAAUUACUUCUUUUCUCACAAAAACAAAACCAUUUGGGGCCUGAUUCUUCCCUAGUGUAACUGAGCCCAGCUCCCUGAGGCUGGUGGAGCUGGGCAGUUGUGCUGGCUGAGAAACUGAACCUUAAAAUCUUCUUUGCAGACAAGGGAACCCUUACCAGCAGUACUUGAAGACUUGUGAGUUGUGACUGCAUGUUACUUGAAAGAUCUAAUUAAGCUAUGUUUUUUGGUGCAAGCAGUUGUUGUACAUGAUUUCAUGUUUAUGUAGCAAGAUGCAUUGAAAUGUUGAUACUAGUAUUGAAACAUACAUGUAAAAAUUGUCGUUGUGGAAAUUGUCUGUUCUGUUCUAUUUUUCUUGUGUGUCUCAUCUGUUUAGAACGUAAAACUUUCUUUUUUUUUUUAUUGUCCUAACUGAAUAAGGCUAAAUGAAUACUGUAAUUGAAAAUAUAUUUUAAAUCUUGUCAUGAGUUUUUAAAAAGACUAUUACAAAUUGUAUCAUUCCUGAUUACACAGAACUUUGUGGGUGGUUUUAAAUAAAUUUUAUACUUCUAUUUUGCA